AUGCAGACAAAAGAAUACACCUUUUCGCACGUAAUCAAGAAGAUUAUUACUAGCAUAAAAUCAAAACCAGGUGAGCCAAUUAAGGUCAACAUUAUUGCAGGUGAAGAAAAUUGCGAAAAAAGGCGAUUAUAUGAUUUAUUUAACGUGUUGUGCUCAUUAGGUUUGUGUAACAAGAGUAUUGGAAAGAUGUAUAUGUGGGUUGGAGAAGAAAACAUGCUAAGGACAAUUCAAUUCGAAUACGAAAAAUUUGAAACUGAAGCGAUUCAAAAUGAGUUUUGGGAAUUCUUUAAAUUACCAGAGUCACCACCGAUCGGUCAACUUACAAUGAUGAUUCUUGUCAUUUUCCUCUUUUUUGGCGUUCAUGAAAUGAGUCUAAAACAAAUAUGUUUAGUACUCGCCCAAAAAAGAUCUAAAAUGACCGUCUUAUUGAGACGUUUGUAUCUCGCAGCCUUCUUUCUUGAACAACUAGGCUUGAUAUCACAUUCCCUUAAAAUUGGCUCAUACCAAUUGAAUUUAGAUGCAGAUACAAUAGUUAAAGCCACAUUCGACGAUAUGAAAAAGCGAAUGCUGUUUCCCAUCAAUUCUAUAGAAAUGCAACUACAGCGAAUCGAUAACAGCUUCAUUGCAGAGCUCAAAAGUAUGAGAUAUAUGAUCUUAUUACAGAAAAUGAGAUUGGAGAAGAUUCCUGUUACUUCAGCGAUGGAUGAAGAGCAAGAGUCGCCUAAUAUAGAGAAUAUUGUUCCUCAAAAUCAUGUUUCAAUAUAUUAA